AUGACAGACUUUAUCGCAAUAGAAGAUGGAGCAGAAGGUUCGAGUGGUCAGCGACAAUGGUCCGCGAAAGACAAAGAUAGCCGGAAAGAGAUCGAAGAUUUACAACUCAGAAUUGCAAAAUUGCUAGCGGAGAAUGAGAAAUUAGAGGCUGCUAACAAUGAAUUAAUCUGUGACGUCGACAAGAAUGAGGUUGAGCUUUCAGAACUGAGAGAGGAAGUGGGACGUAGCAGAGAUAAUGAAAGCAAGCUGGAAGAGAUCAGCAACAAUUUAGAGACUUCACGCAACUCCACGGAUAAAGCUCUCAAAAUCUUGACGUCUCUCAAGAAGAAAGACAUUUCAUACCGGGAGCGUGUUUUUGCAUUGAAGAAGGAAGUGAAGGAAUGCAAAGCAGAAAGGGACGCGGCUCUAGUGGAUUUGGACCGCCAAACCGAGAGCUUCGAGAAUAAAUAUAAGACGUUGAUUGAUGAGAACACGAAGCUAACAGGGGAAUUAAUAAACUUCGAGAGAAAAUUGGACCAUGUAAUGGAGGAUGUGGAGGAUGCUACUUCUCAUAAAAAGAGGUAG